AUGGCCGCUGCUUAUGCGGCGAGUUGCCGGCGAACCUUGUUAUCCGGGGCCCGUUUUCUCGCUCAGAACAGGGUCGGGUCCAGACCGUACUCCGAUAUCGUUCAAUCCAACGGCAAGCGUCUCUUCCUAGUGGACACUCUGGCCCUCGUGAGGAGGUUAGAGGCGCAGGGUGUGCCGUCGAAGCAGGCAGAGGGGAUAACGGGGGCUUUGAUUGAAGUCCUUAAUGACAGCUUAGAAAAUGUUUCUCAUUCAUUUGUUUCUAAAACUGAAAUGCAGAAAAAUGAAAUGACACAGGACUCCAAUCUGUCCAAAUUCAAGACCGAAGUUAAAAGUUCUCAGGAUCACCAUUUUUCUUUGCUACAACACGAGACGGAAAAACUCAAAAACGAUUUAGAGAAGAUGCGCAGUGAGUUGAGGUAUGAAAUUGACCGUGCCACGGCUGGGCAGCGCUUGGAUCUUAAUCUUGAAAAGGGGAGAAUUCGGGAUGAACUGAACGAGCAAAAUCAGGAGACCACAAACCUCACUAACAAACUCAACCGGGAAAUUCACGAAUUACGGGCACAACUUGAAGCAGCGAAAUACGAAGUCAUCAAAUACUGCAUCGGUACACUUGUCUCCAUUUCUGCUGUUGGUUUGGCUGCUAUUCGCAUUUUUUUGUAA